CAUCUCGAACCAUUCCCAGACAAGUAAAACUACUAGUCAACUUGGAAUGAGGAUGCAAGAUUAUUUUGCAAAGGGAUAUCUCGAUCCGAUUCAAGCAAUCAAGAAUUAUUCAAUCCCUUCCCACCCCGUUGAUAUUACUCUAUGGGAAUCAAGCACAUUCGGUUUUCGGUUUUCGGUUUUCAGUUUUCAGUUUUCAGUAGUCUUGAGAGGGGACCGACCCCUGGGUCCAAGGCUUGACGGUUUGACAGGAAAGUACCUUAGUCUACGGAACGGAGCUCUGUGUGACACUGGGAGUCACACUGACACUGACACUGACACUGAUACUGACGGCUGUGACACACUAUGGGAUGGGGACGGUUUUAGCGGUGCGGGGGGGGGGGGUGCAGGGGAGGGGGCUUCUUCUUGUUUGUCUUGGUUUUUUGUUGGCCAGGUGCAUUGUACCUGGGUGAUGGAUAAGAUGUUGAAUGCCUCGUCUACUUGUUUGUGUCAGUGGGACUUUUUUCUUUUUUGUUUUUCCCUGGUCUCAUUGAUUUUAGUUCGGUGGUUUGUCGCUGGCUUGUGUUCGCUAUCCUGCUCUUGGGCGAGGAUGUUAUUACUAAGAAGGGGGGAGGGGGAAAGCGACGGAGGAGUCGGGUAGAUCAGUACAGCUACAGGUACUGACUGUACAUGUACUUGUUGAUCGAAGAUGGGUCGUUGCGGAGUAACUUACUGUACAUACUACAUACAGUGAACUUGCAGUUGAUGUGAUGA